AGGGUGUCACCACCCAAGCUGAAAGGUCUGGGGAGAUCAGGCAUUGCUGUCCCAUGUUCCGCUCUCUUGGUGGCCAUCAUGUCUUUGACCUCUGCCUACCAGCAUAAAUUAGCAGAAAAGCUCACUAUCCUGAAUGAUCGUGGUCAGGGGGUUCUCAUUCGUAUGUAUAACAUCAAGAAGACUUGUUCAGACCCCAAAUCCAAGCCACCUUUCUUACUGGAAAAGUCCAUGGAAUCAUCUCUCAAGUACAUCAACAAGAAAUUUCCCAACAUAGAUGUACGAAACAGCACGCAACAUUUAGGACCAGUACAUCGGGAAAAAACUGAGAUAAUUAGAUUACUCACCAACUACUACCAGUCAUUUGUGGAUGUCAUGGAAUUUCGGGAUCAUGUAUAUGAACUUCUCAACACCAUGGAUGCCUGCCAGUGCCAUUUUGAUAUUAGUCUCAACUUUGACUUCACUCGAAGUUAUCUGGACUUGAUCGUGACUUACACCUCAGUUAUUUUGCUUCUGUCACGGAUUGAGGAUCGACGGUUACUAAUUGGUGUGUACAACUGUGCCCAUGAGAUGCUGCACGGGCAUAGUGACCCCAGCUUUCCCCGCCUAAGUCAGAUGGUCUUGGAGUAUGAUCACCCUCUGAAGAAGCUGACAGAGGAGUUUGGGCCUCACACAAAGGCUGUGAGUGGUGCCCUCCUCUCUUUGCACUUCCUCUUUGCUAGAAGGAACCAGGGAGCUGAGCAGUGGCGCAGUGCCCAGCUUCUAAGUCUCAUCAGCAGCCCCCCUGCCAUGAUUAACCCUGCUACUUCGGACACAAUGGCCUGUGAAUACCUGUCUGUGGAAGUGAUGGAGCGCUGGAUUAUCAUUGGGUUUCUUCUUUGUCAUGGGUGCCUCAACUCUGAUAACCAGUGCCAGAAGCUGUGGAAGCUGUGUCUGCAGGGCUCCCUGUACAUCACCCUCAUCCGGGAUGAAGUGCUACAGGUGCACAAGGUCACCGAGGACCUAUUUAGCAGUUUUAAAGGGUAUGGCAAGCGAGUGGCAGACAUAAAGGAAAGCAAGGAACAUGUAAUUUCGAACAGUGGCCAGUUUCACUGUCAACGACGUCAAUUUCUGCGGAUGGCAGUGAAGGAGCUAGAGACUGUGUUAACUGAUGAACCAGGACUACUGGGUCCCAAAGCCCUUUAUACUUUCAUGGCCCUGUCCUUCAUUCGUGAUGAGGUCACUUGGCUGGUUCGUCACAUGGAAAAUGUCACCAAGACAAAGACACCUGAGGACUACAUUGACUCGAGCAUCGCAGAACUGCUUUUCUUGUUGGAGGAGAUUAGGGCACUGGUCCGAAGACACAUCAAAGUGCUACAGCAAUACCACCUUCAGUAUCUGGCCAGAUUUGAUGCUCUUGUGCUCAGUGACAUCAUUCAAAACCUGUCAGUGUGUCCUGAGGAGGAAUCCAUUAUCAUGUCCUCAUUCGUCAGUACUCUCUCUUCUCUGAAUCUCAAACAAGUUGAUAAUGGAGAAAAAUUUGAAUUCUCUGGAUUGAGACUGGACUGGUUUCGCCUACAGGCAUACACCAGUGUGGCUAAGGCUCCCCUGCACUUGCAUGAGAACCCUGAUUUAGCCAAGGUGAUGAACCUUAUUGUUUUUCACUCCCGAAUGCUGGAUUCAGUAGAGAAAACGCUGGUGGAAACAUCUGAUUUGUCUACUUUCUGCUUUCAUCUCCGUACCUUUGAGAAGAUGUUUGCAAUGACCCUGGAGGAACCUACCAUGUUGCGUUAUGCCAUUGCCUUCCCCCUAAUUUGUGCUCAUUUUGUUCACUGCACUCAUGAGAUGUGCCCAGAGGAGUACCCCCACCUGAAGAACCAUGGCCUUCAUCACUGCAACUCCUUCCUGGAAGAGUUGGCCAAGCAGACCAGUAACUGUGUCCUGGAGAUCUGUGCUGAGCAGCGAAACUUGAGUGAGCAGCUUCUGCCUAAGCACUCUGCUACUACCAUCAGCAAGGCCAAGAACAAGAAAACCAUGAAGCAGAGGCAGACUCCCAAAAAAGGAGAGCCUGAGAGGGAAAAGCCAGGAGCUGAGAGUCACCGGAAGAACCGCAGCAUUGUCACCAACAUGGACAAGCUACAUGUAAACUUGACAGAACUGGCACUGACAAUGAAUCAUGUACACAGCUUCUCUGUAUUUGAACACACCAUAUUCCCUUCUGAGUAUCUCAGCAGCCAUCUGGAGGCCAGACUCAACAGAGCCAUUGUGUGUUUGGCUGGCUACAAUGCCACGACCCAGGAGAUUGCAAGGCCUUCUGAGCUAUUGGCAGGAGUCAAAGCAUACAUCAGUUUCAUACAGUCACUGGCCCAGAUUUUGGGUGCAGAUGUUUCCAGAGUCAUCCGCAAUGCUCUCCUACAGCAGACACAGCCACUGGACUCAUGUGGGGAGCAGACUAUCACCACUCUCUACACAAACUGGUACCUAGAAAGUCUGCUUAGGCAGGCAAGCAGUGGGACCAUCAUUCUCUCCCCAGCCAUGCAGGCCUUCGUCAGCCUCCCCAGAGAGGAGGAGCAACACUUCAGCGCAGAGGAGUUCUCUGACAUCUCUGAGAUGCGGGCCUUGGCUGAACUCUUGGGCCCCUAUGGCAUGAAGUUCCUGAGUGAAAACCUGAUGUGGCAUGUGACCUCUCAGAUCGUGGAGCUGAAGAAGCUAGUGGUGGAAAACAUGGAUGUACUUGUUCAGAUCAGAUCUAACUUUAGCAAGGCGGACUUGAUGGCUUCUCUGCUGCCCCAGCUGACCGGGGCUGAUAAUGUGCUGAAGCGCAUGACCAUCAUUGGAGUUAUUCUCAGUUUUCGGGCCAUGGCCCAAGAGGGACUUCGGGAGGUUUUCUCCUCUCACUGCCCAUUCCUUAUGGGUCCCAUCGAGUGCCUGAAAGAGUUCGUCACUCCAGACACAGACAUCAAGGUGACCCUGAGUAUCUUUGAGCUGGCAUCUGCUGCAGGAGUGGGCUGUGACAUCGAUCCAGCUCUGGUGACUGCCAUUGCUAAUCUGAAAGCUGAUACUUCAUCCCUUGAAGAAGAAUAUAAGGUGGCCUGCCUGCUCUUGAUCUUUCUUGCAGUUUCCCUCCCACUCCUCGCCACAGACCCUUCUUCCUUCUAUAGCAUCGAGAAGGAUGGUUACAACAACAAUAUUCACUGCUUGACCAAAGCCAUCAUCCAGGUGUCUGCUGCACUCUUCACACUCUACAACAAGAACAUUGAAACUCACCUCAAGGAAUUUCUGGUGGUGGCUUCCGUCAGCCUCCUGCAGCUGGGCCAGGAGACGGACAAGAUUAAAACCAGAAAUCGGGAAUCCAUUUCUCUGCUCAUGCGCUUGGUGGUGGAGGAGUCCUCCUUUCUGACCCUGGACAUGCUGGAGUCCUGUUUCCCUUAUGUCCUGCUUCGAAAUGCCUAUCGGGAGGUUUCUCGAGCCUACCACCUGAACCGAGUGUUGACCAGCGCCCACUGAAGGGCCCUUUGGACCUGCCUACACCCAUGCCAUACUGGAAGCUGUGGGCAUUUUCUCAAGGGGUGGGGAAAUGGUGGGGUCUGGAGCCAGAGCAGAUGAGCAGGCUUAUGGACGAACAGUCCAGGGCUGAGAAAUCAUCGAGAGGUGGGGCAGGCUGGGGGAAUGGAGGACAGUUAGUAGGGGCAUGGGGCCAAGAGUGUGAAUUUUUACAAUGAAGAAAUGAGUACAAAUAUAUUUCUGUUUCCUGGUGAGUCGAGCUUGAGCUCUGACUGGCAUGGGUCUCUCCGACGACCUUCAUCACUAUUGUAGGAUAAUGCGGGCGGACGGAGAUGAUCAAUCAUCAUAUUAAACCAUAAUGAGCUUAUAAUCCUCCCACUGGAGCUGCUAUUGUCUCCUGCACAUUCAUUAGGACGAUUAUCUCCUCUCUUCCUCUCCCAAACGUGUUCAGCAAAUAUUCAGCCUGUUCCUACUACAAAGUCACAGCAAAGGAACCCCUCUUUUCCUUUAGGAGUCAUAGGUCUCUUCCUCUGCCUCCAGCUCCCCUGCCUGCAUGGGCAAUGAGAGAUAUUCACUACCCCCAAAUUUUUCACCUGCCCCACACACUUUGCGGGUAACAAGUAAGUUCUCCCAUCUGCUUAAUUUUCACCACUCCUGACAUCACCAAAACCCAGAGCAGAGGGUCAGUCUAGGUAGUUCUAGGUCACAUGACAAAUUGGAUUAGAAUCAUGUGGUUUCCUUCCUGGACCAUUUGGGGUACUCUUCCUCCUAUCUGGAGGGACUGAUUUAACCCAAAUCCCCUUGUCGUCUUGGGUACAGCUGUUGCUCCAGGCAGGGAUUUCUCUUCUACAUCUUAAAUUUCACAGACCUCAUUAGGUUAUAGAGCCCGUAGAGUGGGUAUACUUGAGGGAGUACAAGCUGUUUCAACUUAGCCCUUUUCUGCCCUAAUUAGAAUUUCAAGUGUCACAAAGCCUGGGGCGUUCAAGAUAGCACUAAACUAGAUUUGGUUAACCCCAUGGCAGGAAACACUGGCCUCCAUUGCAUCACUUCUGUGCACCCACUGCCAGGGAGGCUGGAGCAACAGAUCAUAGAUGUCACAGGUGUAGAGUGGUUGGAAUGGCAAAUAAUUAACUAGUUGAUUAAUCAGGGUCGUGUUCAGACUUCCCCGAUAAAAGGGAAGCAAUUAUUGAUUUUCAGCAAAACCAUCUGGCUUUUAUUAAAGCUAUUUAAUAGCUGUUUUUGGACUUUGUAUGCAUGUUUGAUUUUUAUUUCUCGAGA